AAAAGUACCAACCACACUUUGUUAGGAGAUAGAGUCCCUCUCUAAAAAACCCUAAACUUAGUUAUCGACUUAUAAUCUUGACAGCUCCGAGUAUUUUGACGUCUUUAGUACCAAAUUAUCUAGAGGAACUCUGAAAGUAGCUCUGACAUUGACAGCUAAGCAAACUAAGCCGGCUUGCACCUAAGUGGUCAUGUAAUCGUAUGUCACAUUUAAUUAAACACACUGUGUUUAUAAUAACUAAAACAAUAGAACGAACAAACAAAUAAAAUUCCCAGACACCCGAAUUCCCAACUCAAAGACUUACACAAAGAACACGACUCAAAAAUAAAUUUAGACGGUGGGCAGCGAAAAUACUAAAACACGUAACAAAAAUAAUGAACUUGAAAUGGGAGCUGCGAAACGGUGAGAUCCUGGCCGAGGAACGCGGUGCAGUUGUCGUUUCAAAUCAUCAGUACACAUUGGAUGUUUUAGGAAUGUUCAAUAUAUGGGAUGUGGCUGAUAGAAUUUCAGCGAUAGCCAAAAAAGAACUGUUUUACGUUUGGCCAUUUGGUCUUUCUGCCUAUUUGGCCGGAGUAGUCUUUAUAGACAGAUACGAUCCCAAGGAAGCUUAUAAACAGCUUCAGGUCACUUCAGAAGUUAUGACAAAGAACAAGACGAAAAUCUGGAUAUUCCCUGAAGGCACCAGAAAUAAGAAUUUUACAAAAUUCCUACCAUUUAAAAAAGGAGCCUUUAACAUUGCUGUUUCUGCUCAAGUUCCUGUCAUACCUGUGGUUUAUUCUCCAUAUUACUUCAUCAAUCCCAAGAAGCAUAUCUUCAAUAAAGGUCACGUAAUAAUGCAGUGUUUGGAGCCAAUACCCACUAAAGGAUUAACUAUGGAAGAUGUACCUAUUUUAAUACAAAAAGUAUACGAAAAAAUGACUGCGGCCUAUAAAGAACUAUCCAAGGAAGUCUUAAGCGAUUUACCUCCAGAUUAUGCUUACAGCCCUGUUGGAUAACCAAUAGCAGUUUUUUUUAAUUAGAUUUAAAUUAAAAUUAGUUUUAAAUUAGAUUUAAGUCCUGCUAGCUUUUAAAUGCUA